AUGGCAGAUCACACAGCUUCAAGAUCACUGCAAGAGAUAUUUGAGAAAAGGAUAGAAGAAAUGACAAUAUUGAACACAGGAUUAGAAAGGUCCGAGUUCUUAGCAAAGGAUUUGGAAUGGUUUAGGCAGCAAGGUCAUGCCAUCCCGGAACCGUCAACUCAUGGUGUCAGCUAUGCUCAUUACUUAGAGGAGCUAUCAGAAAAGGACCCUCAAGAAUUUAUUUGCCAUUUUUACAACACUUACUUUGCGCAUUCAGCUGGAGGUCGAAUGAAAGGGAGAAAGGUAGCUGAAAAGAUACUUGACAAGAAAGAGCUAGAAUUCUAA